AUGAAGAAAUUUAAUAUCCACAAAGUUUUGGAUGGUUUAACUUCAUCCCCCAGUGGAAGCAGCAGUGGCACCAGUGGCAGUGCGAGCAGUUGUGGGCCAGGAGUUGGUUCCGUGCACUCCGGGGGAACCGCAGGGACUCCCAGAGAGGAAAUCCAGGAGACUCUCACUUCAGACUAUUUUCAAAUUUGCAAGACAGUUCGGCACGGGUUUCCAUAUUUGCCCACUGCCUUAGCUUUUGACCCGGUUCAGAAGAUUCUGGCUAUUGGGACAAGAACAGGUAUCAUUCGAAUAUUGGGCCGACCGGGUGUUGACUAUUGCUGCCAACAUGAAAGCGGCGCUGCCGUUGUGCAACUUCAGUUUUUAAUUAAUGAGGGUGCUUUGGUCAGCGCCAGUUCCGAUGACACGCUCCAUUUGUGGAACCUCAGACAGAAACGGCCGGCGAUUCUUCAUUCUCUAAAAUUUAGUCGAGAACGGAUUACGUUCUGCCAUUUGCCUUUCCAAAGCAAAUGGCUCUAUGUUGGAACAGAGCGAGGAAAUACUCACAUUGUAAAUAUUGAAUCCUUCGUCCUUUCUGGAUACGUGAUCAUGUGGAAUAAGGCCAUAGAGCUGUCUACGAAGACUCACCCUGGGCCUGUGGUACACUUAAGUGACAGCCCAAGAGAUGAAGGCAAACUGUUGAUAGGCUAUGAAGAUGGAACAGUAGUACUCUGGGACCUGAGAUCCAAGAGAGCAGAUAUGAGAGUCUAUUAUGAUGAGGCGAUUCAUUCUAUCGGGUGGCAUCACGAGGGGAAGCAGUUUAUGUGCAGUCAUUCAGACGGCAGUUUGACUCUGUGGAACCUCCGAAGUCCUAGCAGGCCAUUCCAGAUAAUAAUUCCACACGGUAAAAUUCAGCGAGAUGGUAAAAAAGCUGAAUCUUGUAAGCCAAUUCUUAAAGUAGAAUACAAGACCUGUAAAAACAGUGAGCCUUUUAUAAUUUUUUCUGGCGGACUUUCUUACGACAAGCCUUGGCGAAGACCAAGCCUAACGAUCAUGCAUGGAAAAGCAAUUACAGUGCUUGAAAUGGAUCACCCCAUUGUGGACUUUUUAACCCUCUGUGAAACGCCAUACCCAAAUGAAUUUCAAGAACCAUAUGCUGUAGUUGUGCUGUUGGAAAAAGAUUUCAUUGUUGUUGACCUGACUCAGAGCAAUUUCCCAAUUUUUGAAAAUCCAUAUCCCAUGGACAUUCACGACUCACCUGUUACCUGCACGGAAUAUCUGGCUGACUGUCCUCCGGAUUUGAUUCCUGUGCUAUAUUCUGUAGGGGCGAAACAUAAGAAGCAAGGAUACAGCAAUAAGGAGUGGCCGAUCAAUGGUGGUGCGUGGAACCUAGGAGCACAGACGUAUCCUGAAAUUAUUAUUACAGGUCACGCAGAUGGCUCAGUAAAAUUUUGGGAUGCUUCUUGCAUAACACUACAGAUGUUGUACAAGUUAAAAACCUCAAAGGUGUUUGAAAAACAGAAAGUGGAAGGGAAGCCAACUGCAGAAAUUGUAGAAGACGAUCCUUUUGCCAUCCAGCUGAUGUACUGGUGUCCUGAAAGUCGGAUAUUCUGUGUAUCAGGAGCCUCUGCCUAUGUUAUAGUUUUCAGAUUCAGCAAACAUGAAGUCAGUACUGAAGUACCAUCCUUAGAGGUGCGACUUCAGAGCGAGAUAGAAGAUAUCAUCAGCCCCGAGACAGAAAUGAUUCCACCAUUUCCAGAUGCAUCGUCUCAACUUCCAUCUUUAAAAGAUCUCUCAGGCAGUACAAAUACCAUGACAUCUGUGGGAACAAUGAAAGACAGUAUUCCAUGUCUCAGCGUUAAGACUCGUCCGGUGAGGAUGCCUCCUGGUUACCAAGCAGAACUUGUUAUUCAGUUGGUGUGGGUAGAGGGUGAGCCUCCCCAACAAAUUACCAGCCUGGCAGCGAAUUCAGCGUAUGGAUUAGUUGCAUUUGGAAACUGCAAUGGUUUGGCUGUUGUGGAUUUUAUGCAGAAGAUCACGCUGCUGAGCAUUGGAAGCCCCGACCUCUACGGAUCAAGUGAUCCGUCUCAACGUCAGCCUCGCUCUCCUCGCAGAAGCAAGCAGUUCACUGCAGACAACUUUUGCAUGCGCGGCCUCUCUAACUUUUAUCCUGAUUUAACGAAACGGAUCCGCACUUCCUAUCAGAGCCUUACUGAGCUGUCAGAUGGCCCCGUUUCACUGGAGCUGGAGCGCUGCAAAUCCCCGACAGCUUCAGAUCACAUAAACGGGCACUGCACAAGCCCCACUUCUCUAAGCUGCAGUUCUGGAAAACGGCUCUCUAGUGCAGAUGUCUCAAAAAUAAACCGCCGGGUUCCUGGAAAGCCUCCAUUUAGGAAAGCUCAGUCUGCAGCCUGCAUGGAGAUUUCUCUGCCCCUUGCAACAGAAGAAAACAGAGAAAACUCCUUCAGCCAUUCCCGAAGCUCCAGUGUCUCCAGUAUUGACAAAGAGUCUAAGGAAGCCAUUACAGCUUUAUACUUCAUGGAGUCAUUUGUACGGAAAAACGACACCACAGUUUCUCCGUGUCUUUGGAUUGGUACUGGCCUGGGUAUGGUCUUGACAGUGUCCCUUAACUUACCCACAGUGGAUGAACUGAGGCAUACAGAGCCCGUCACAGUUUCACCAAGUGGUACCGUUCUGACACUGAAGGGAGCGGUCUUAACUUUUGCAUGCCUGGACUGCACUGGGACCUUGAUACACCCUCCCUACGAAGCAUGGAGAGACCCCAAAAACAACACCGAGGACAGCGAAAGAGCAAGGAAAAGGAAGCUGGUCAUGCACUCGCCAUCCUCCUCACAGGACAUGGGAGACCACCAGUUAGUGGUCAUCUGCUCUGAGAAGCAGGCUAAAGUGUUCUUGCUGCCUUCCCAGGCAUGCCUCUACGUGCACAACAUCACGGACACGUCCUUCCUGUGGCGAGCGGAUGUGGUGACCCUGUGUGGCAGUGUUGGCCUGGCGUGUUUCUGUGCCAAUGGGCACAUCAUGAUUCUGAGUUUACCCAGUCUCCGCCCAUUGCUAGAUGUGAAUUAUUUGCCUGUAAUGGACAUGAGGGUUGCCCGGACCUUUUGUUUUACCAACGAGGGGCAGGCGUUGUAUCUCAGUUCUCCCACAGAAAUCCAGCGACUUACCUUCAGCCAAGAGAUGUGUGACAAUCUGCAGGACAUGCUGGGGGUGUUGUUCACCCCUGUGGAAAACCCCGAGGCUCAGUACAGAGGCUUUUUGAAGGGACUGUUUGGUGGAACUGGAGGAACACUUGAUAGAGAAGAACUCUUUGGUGAGGCCACAGCAGGGAAAGCGUCUCGGAGUCUUGCUCAGCACAUCCCUGGGUCCGGUGGAGUGGAGGGUGUGAAAGGAGCGGCAGGAAGUGCCAUUGGAGAGCUGGCACGCGCACGCAUCGCCCUUGAUGAGAGGGGACAGAAGCUGGGAGAACUCGAUGAAAAAACAGCCAGGAUGAUGGCGAGUGCAGAAUCCCUGUCCAAACACGCACACGAGGUGAUGCUGAAAUACAAGGACAAGAAAUGGUAUCAGUUUUAGAUUUUCAGCUAUGAAGCCGUAUCUCAGUUUACUGAGAAGAGGAAUCGAAUGAAUGAACCUGAUUCUCCAAACUCAACCGCUGAGCAGAGCGGUUUUUGCUCCUUAGCCGCCUUUUUCUCUUUUGCCGUGCCACAAGAUCAAGGGAGGUGAACAUUUCCUGAGUCCCAGCUGUGUGGGGGUCUUUGCAGUCAGAUCAACAUUUAGGGAGUCUUUUUCCAACUGAACCAUCCUUUCAACAGGUAAUAUUUCAGCAGUUCUGGGUACGAACUGCGGGAAAGGCUGUGGCUGGUUGAAAAUAUCCUGUACAAACCAGAUUGUUAAUGCAUUUAAACCAAAAUAAAACUGUGCAUGACUAAUUGACUUCUUAUACAGCAAAGACAAAAAGCAAAGCAUGUUGUGAUCGAAGAAAAAGAGAUUUCUAAGUUUCACAAAUAAAUAGUUAAACAACA